AUGGUGAUGGCAGCGGAGAUCGACGUGUCGAUGAGCGUUCGAGCCUUUGAAGAAUUGACAUAUCUUAAGUCGAUGGGGGAUGGACUAUUUUCGAUUCAGAUGAGGCCGAACUACAACGUGAUCGUCGGUUAUCCCAACAGGACGAAUCAUUGGCAGCGUUUCUACUUCUUCGUCAAGUCAGACGAAUUUGCUUUCGAGGACCCGCCCGGCGAUGUCUUUCGUUUUUUAUGGAACCCCGAUCUUGAGUUUAUAGCAAACGCUCGCGUUGUCGCGUCGCUUGCUCAAGAGAGUUGGGAGAACAUUACUGUCGAGAGGAUUCGACGAGCCGUCUAUAGGAUCUCGAAGAGGGAUUGGUUGUCCGAUCUGCUACCGUUGGUGACUGGCAAGAAACACAGAUUCUUGAUCUUUACCAGAGCGGAGCAGAAGAAGAUAAACGAGGCCAGGAAGAUGACAACCUUGCCAGAUCUAAGUGCGUUUUUAGGAAGCCGUUUGGGCGGUCCGUCGAGUAACGAACCGAUUUUAGUUUCUAGUGAGGCGACUCGAGAAGAAACUUUGACUGCGAGCCCUCAGUCGGCGGUGGUCCCCGAUCCGGUGGUUUCCGAGCUCUCGGAGGGGAGCCUCGCUCCAGAAGUAGUCGAACCGGAGAAAACUAAGAAGAAAGGAAAGAAGCGGGCAGCUUCUGGUAUUUCCGUUUCGUCGGUCGAAGGGACUUCGGCAGAGGCGCAAUCCAACGAGCCUUCCAAGAAAAAGACGAAGGAAAAGAAGAGGAAGAAGUUUGUCGAAGAGCAGACCGAGCCCGAUGAGGUUGCGGAAGGUCGAGAGAUCGUGGUCCAUGAUGGUUCUGGUCGCGGUGCUGCUGCACGUGCUGAAGGCGGAUCGAAUGAUUCGCCGGGUGCUCCUCUAGAGAGGAAGAAGAGAAAGAAACAGUCUGUCGACCAUGAUGUGCCGGUUUCGACUGAGCGAGAUGACUAUCAUGCGUCAGAGGAGAGAGAGUUUAAAUAUGACGGGGACAUUCCUCUCUCGUACGCGUCAGCUGAAUGCGCUGAACUUAUCCGCCAGAUGCGGGGCGGGCCGAGGGACAUGCCACCGGUGAGCGAUCUGUUCUUCAAAGACGCUUAUGUCAACGCGGAUCGAACCAAAAGUGACGGGAGCAUGAACUUUGCCAUCGAGAAAUACGACACGGCGUUGAAGGACACACUGGCCCAGCUGGGUAAGGCCGAGAAGCUGGCGCAGGUGAGGGGCGAGGCCCUUACUCGUAAAUCGAGUGAGUUCAAGAAGACCAUCGAUCUGGCUGUCGUAGAGCGCGAUCAACUGCUCGCGGGAAAGAAAGCCCAUAAGGAGAGGUUUCUGGAGAGGUUUGGGGAGUUGAAGGACAAGUUUAGAUCGUCUCAUGAAAGAGUUAAGGAACUCGAACGAGAGAAGGCGGUCUUGGAGGCGGAGAAAGCUACUCUAGAGGAAGAGAAGAAAGAUGCGUCCCUUAGACACAUGAGGGAGAUCAACCGGUUGAAAGAGUCUCGAAGUUUUGAGGUUACCCAUGAACGGGUAAGAAUUCAUACAGAAAUGAUCGCAAAGAGCAAUCGUCGAUUCAACAAUAUUCGUAACCGGGAGGUCAGUCAUAAGGAUUUCGAUCAUGCCCGUCUCUUAUACAGUCAAGCCUUUGGUACGAAGAAAUGCCUUGAAGCUUUAAAGGCAAAUGGACGUGAUAUCCCGCAAGGCGUUAUCGAUGUGUUCUCUGAACAGGAAAAGCAUUUUGAACUCGAGGCCAAGCAACUCGACGUUGGUGAGAUCCCUAAGACUGGUUUAUCUUUCUCUCCACUUUUACUCGACUCACCGUUCAUGAACAAACAUGUCUUGGCGGGGCUCUAUCCUUACGGGUCAAACGCCGGCCUUGUCGAUCCCGGGACUGCGGUCAUUCUUCGGACUCCGAGCAGUUCUCAUGGCGAACAGUCGAGCGAUCGUCUUGAUGAUCCCACUCCCUUCGUCGAACUCAACGCUGCGCCUGCUGCAAACGAGCAUGGUGCCUCCAAAGAAACCUCUGACAAUGCUCCGCAGUUAGGUGGCAAGGUCGUAACCUCGCUGGGAGGUACACAAGUUGGUGAAGGGGUCUUGGAGAUUUCAGACUCUUCUUCGGAGGAUCGGAGUGAGAGAGAUCCAGUUGAGAAGAUGAUGGGUCCGGAGUUGGAUGACGUGGAGAAGAGUCCGGGUGCAAGGUCAGAACCUGUCGAGACUGUAGAAGCCACGCCCGUCGAUGAACAGACGGAAGGGAUCAGCGUAGAUCCCCCGAAUUCUUCCGCCGACGUCCCUGACGGAUCAGUUCCCCCAGUUAUUAAGGCUUCUGAAGAUUAUCCCCAAAUGUUGUUGUUGUUUCUCUUAGUCUUUUUGCUCUCUUUUGGCCCUGCGAGGCUUUUGGUGUUGCAACCCUUUUCAUUAAAACUCUAUUUUGAAUUUCGCUAA